AACAGUGGGAAUCGUGGGUUCCUCGAUUUUUGCAAAGAUCCCGUAAUUCACGCACCUCAUUGAAGACAGGGUGCGAAACGUCCGGGAGUACGAAUCGACUGCAGUUACCGAUCUCAGUUUGUGACCUACUUUAAAUCAAAUGAGUUCGACUAAAAAGUCAUUCCCUUUCAUCGAACUGAGGGGGGGGCUAACUGUUGGGGGUGAAAACCGCACCCCGAUUUUCUUCGGUACAAACCGAGAUCAGCGAAAUGUAAGCCCGGUUUACGAGGGAAUGUACCGAGAAAGAUGGGCCAAGUGAAACAUUGGGCCGAACACAGCCCAUUAGGCCGAGGUCGGUGAGAAGCCUCUCGAAGGAAUGGAAGGUUUCCGUGAGCUCGGUCGAAAUAGGAAAGUUUCCUAACGGAAAAAGGAAACUUUGAAGAGAAAAGGAAAGGAACCGAGAGAAAAGGAAAAUCCUCUCGGUCCCAUAUCGCUUAAGACGUGCUUGAAGACCGAUUGAGAGGAUAUAUAUAAAGGGAGACGAAUCGACACCAGAGAACACAAGAUAUUCCCGAGAAGACUUAGCGACUGAGAACUCAAAACGUUAGACUCUUAGUUGCAUUAAGUCUUAGUUCGUUAUUUUCCAUCUAAAUAACUGAACUCAGUUGUAUUUGCUUGAUUCGAUCUAAUAAAAACCAAGUUUCCGAUCUAAAGUACUGUUUUGUCCCUUGUCGAUAUUCACAUAUCAACAAUUGGCGCGCCAGGAAGGGGGCCUAAACAGAUUUCUCAAGUUUUAGAUCGGACUUCGGAUAGAUUGAAUAAGAAAUGACGGACCAAGCCAACCUUCAGGAGGAAAGAAACCCUCUCGGUGGAGAAAACGCGAACGCUCCAACCGAGCAGGCAGGAGGAACUCCCGGGGAAAACGCUGAAAUCGCAGCCGGGCAAACCCCCGCAGCCGUAGGAGGUUAUGGAACCGAACUUUUGCUCCAAGUAUUCAACGCUCAGUUUGAAGCCAUCAACAAAAGGAGCGAGGAACGUUUUAGCCAGAUGGCGGCACAGAUCGCCGAGCUCAGUCAAACCCGAACUCCCCUUCGAGUCCGGAACAUCAUUGAAGACCUUAAUACCGACGGAGAUCCAGCCGGAACUAUGAGGUCUACCGCGGUGGGAUCAGCGAACGCACCAGCGUCAGAUUUAAGUCGAGAUGCCGAAUUCGAGGCAAUGAAGACUCAACUCCGUGAGAUCACUUCAAAGAUACACCAAGCAACAAGCGCGGCUCCGGAGAUUGAGCGCGUCAUUCAAGAAACGCAGAAAACACCCUUCACGCCGCGCAUAGCAGGAACACCGGUCAAACACAUGGAAAAACUUAAGAUGAAGGUCUAUGAGGGCAAUACCGACCCCCGGCACUUUUUGACGUCAUUCGGCAUCUGCAUGAACCGAUACCAAUUCAGAACCGCCGAGGAGAGAGAUGCGGUCCAGUGCCGAUUGUUUGUGGAAAGCCUGGGAGGAAUAGCCCUCGAUUGGUUCUCGCGACUCGAGGCAAACUCGAUCGACAGCUACAAGGAAUUGACAACAGCAUUCGUCAAACACUUCUCGAUGUUCAUCGGGCAGAACACCAAGAACUCCGAGCUAUGGCAAAUAACUCAGGGAGCAAGCGAGAGUCUUCGCGAUUUCAUCCAGCGCUUCAAAACGAUUGUCGCCAAUUGCACGAUCAGCGACGAAGCCGCCCUUCUUUGUCUCCAGAAAGGAGCUCGGAUAAAGACUAGCUUCCGUAGCGCGUUCACGCACAACCCCCCUCAGACAUUGGAAGAUGCUUUACACCGAGCUAACACUUAUAUCGUCGAAGAAGAAGAAGAAGCCGCCUACGAGCAAAACUAUUCGGCGAAGCAACCCGAACGUUCGAAAGUAACAACUAGUGAACCGCAGUCAGGAUACGGUCGAGGGUAUGAAAAUCGCAAGAAUUUCUACGCUAAUACAAUCCAACAACCGACCAAACAGUGGAACAACAAAUGGGUCCGCGGCGAAGAAGAUCAAGACGAGUCUUUGUUCUGCGAAUUCCAUAACCGCAGAGGACAUAGCACCGAAGAAUGCAGACAAUUGCGUGAAUACCUGCUCGGCCAAUAUCGAAAGGGGCCAAUCUCAGUUGACGACCUCCGUCGCUUAAACGCGCCCAAGAACAGCGGACAGAUCUCGAUUGACGAUCUCCGUCGUUCGAACAUGCCUCGACCGAAUAACGCGCAGCUCGAGAACGCGAUCACUAAGGAUCCGCCAACUCCACCAACCUUACCGGCGUUACCACCGCCGCCACCGAACCCGCCUGCUUUGCCUGAACAACAGAAACGGAAUCGCGAUGACCGAGCACAAGAGAACCAUGCCCCCAAAGCCAGGAAACGCGUCAACAUGAUAAUGGGAGCCAUCGAGGCUUGCAGCUACUCGGUUCGAGCUAUCAAAGAAUACAGUCGACAGGCCGCUAGCGCGCCCAAAGCCCCACAAGAUCCGCCGAAAGGGACGCCUUUGGUAUUUACCGAAGCCGACACAAUCGGGUUGCAUAAACCGCAUAACGAUGCUCUCGUUGUCGAACUACUCCUCGAUCAUGUCGAAGUUAGCCGUAUUCUGGUCGAUACAGGCAGUUCGGUUAACAUCAUCUUCAAGGAAGCACUUGACCAGCUCGAGUUGGCAUCAGAUAGGAUUGGGCCGUUUAUCGAGCCACUUACUGGUUUUGAUGGAGAACGCUGCAUGACGGUCGGCAUGGUCAACAUCCUGAUCUACCUCGGCGGAGUCGCAAAGAUUAUCCAGUUCCUCAUCCUCGACAAACCGGCGAUCUACAACGCCAUUCUCGGUACGCCUUGGUUACACGCGAUGAAGGCGGUCGCCUCAACAUACCAUCAAUGCUUGAAAUUCCCGACCCCCGACGGUGUUUACACUCUCCGAGGAAACCAAGCCGUCGCUCGAUCAUGCUACAUAAAUGAGUGCAGACUUCAUUCGGCCAACCAAGCUUGUGUCGUUAGUUCGUUCGGACCAACGGACAAACUCGUCGUCCAGCAGACAAAACCUAAGCAGGAGUCAAUCGUUCAAGUUUGUAUCGAUGAGCUAAGGCCAGAACGUCAAGUUGGAAUCGGUGCCGAACUCGACCUAAGCAUCCGCGAGCCACUUGUCCACUUUCUGAAACAACACUCGUCAACUUUCGCUUGGUCGGUAGAGGAUAUGCCCGGGAUCGAUCCACAGAUCGCGUGUCAUGAGCUCAACAUCGAUCCGACGUAUAAGCCAAUCAAGCAGAAACGCCGAAAGCUCGGACCGGAGAAAGCACAGGCUGUCAACGACGAAGUCGAGCGCUUGCUCAAAGCAGGAUCCAUCACCGAAGUAAAAUAUCCUGAUUGGUUAGCAAACCCCGUGGUCAUAAAAAAGAAGAAUGGUAAAUGGCGAAUCUGCGUCGACUUUACCGACCUCAAUAAGGCAUGCCCGAAAGAUAGCUUUCCUUUACCUCAUAUUGACCGCCUUGUGGAAGCAACUGCCGGGAACGAACUACUCUCGUUUAUGGACGCAUUCUCCGGGUACAAUCAGAUUCUUAUGCAUCCGCAAGAUCGGGAGAAGACGUCGUUCAUCACGGACCGCGGCAUCUAUUGCUAUAAGGUCAUGCCCUUCGGCCUGAAGAACGCUGGAGCAACGUACCAACGACUGGUAAAUCGGAUGUUCGCGAGCCAGCUCGGGCGAACUAUGGAAGUUUACAUCGAUGAUAUGCUCGUAAAGUCACUCAUCGCUUCCGAUCACGUCGGCCAUCUUCGCACAUGCUUCGAUAUUUUGGACCAGUAUGGUAUGAAGCUUAAUCCCACUAAGUGUACGUUCGGCGUGACAUCUGGAGAGUUCCUCGGAUACAUCGUUACACGGCGAGGCAUUGAAGCUAAUCCAAAACAGAUCGCAGCUAUUCUCGAGCUCCCAUCACCGAAAACCAAACGCGAAGUUCAACGACUCACCGGACGUAUCGCAGCACUUAAUCGAUUCAUAUCCAGAUCGACGGACAAGUGCUUGCCUUUCUACCAACUUCUUCGCGGUAACAAGCACCUCGAAUGGAACGAGAAGUGUGAAGAGGCCUUCGCCGAGCUAAAGAAAUACUUGUCCACUCCGCCAGUCUUAUCUAAGCCUGAAACCGGCGAGACACUCUAUCUUUAUAUCGCGAUUUCGGAGUUUGCAGUUAGUAGUGUACUUGUUCGAGAAGAUCGUGGCGAGCAGAAGCCAAUUUUCUACACAAGCAAAUCCCUCGAUGGAUCGGAGUAUCGUUAUCCGACUUUGGAGAAAUUCGUCUUUGCCGUAGUUAUUUCUGCAAGGAAAUUACGCCCGUAUUUCCAAUCUCACGCGAUCGUGGUCCUAACCGAUCACCCUCUUCGUACUUUCCUCCAUAGCCCAAAUCAGUCCGGACGACUCGCCAAGUGGGCCAUCGAACUCAGUGAAUACGACAUCGAAUACCGAGGAAGAACUGCAACGAAGUCUCAAGUCCUAGCAGAUUUCUUGGUCGAACUUCCACCGGAGCUCGUCGAAGCUAAUCCGGUCUUACAACCCUGGAUCCUUCACGCCGACGGUUCCUCGUCCUAUAAAGGAUCCGGAGUCGGAAUUCGUCUUAAAUCACCCGAAGGAGAAGUUAUCGAACAGUCAUUUCGACUCGGCUUCCCGGCAUCCAACAACGAAGCCGAGUACGAAGCAUUGAUUGCCGGACUACGACUUGCCAAAGGUAUCGGCGCCGAGCACAUACACGCCUACUGCGACUCUCAACUCGUGGCUAACCAGUUUCACGGCGAAUACGAGGCCAAGAACGACCGCAUGGACGCAUAUCUCAAAGUCCUUAAGGAUGUUGCUUCGAAGUUCUCUACCUUCGAGCUUACAAAGAUACCUCGAGAUGAGAAUGCAACCGCCGACGCCUUAGCCGCUCUCGCGACUAAUUCUGAUCCUGACCUUCGGCGAACUAUCCCAAUUGCAGCAAUCGAGCGACCAAGUAUCGAGCCCGCUCCGAACUGCAACAUCAUUACAAGACGACGUGAUUACGAAUCCCAACCCAAUCUCGCUCCACCCCUCACCCGGAAGACGAAACCCAAAGAGGUCGUUCCCGAUCCCAACAACGACACGGCCGAGCUCAAUGAUAACGAAUCCGAUCCCGAAGACGAAUCCGAAGGCCAGCAUGUUCCAAUCGAUAUCGAAGCCGAAGGAGAGGACGAACCCGAAGAUUGGACCUUAGAAAUCGUGGGAUACAUCAGAGACGGAACAGUUCCCGCAGAUAAAUGGGCAGCUCGGCGCCUUAAGGCUCGCGCAGCUCGAUAUGUGGUCAUUAAAGGUACUCUUCUCAGAUGGGACGCGUCCGGUGUACUCUUGACUUGUGUUCACGGCAACGACAUUAUGGAAGUAAUGCAGAAUGUUCAUGAAGGAGACGGAGGAAAUCACUCCGGAGCUCGGUCAUUGGCGUUCAAGAUCAAAAAAGCCGGUUAUUACUGGCCUACUAUGCUUUCUGACUGCAAAAAGUAUACAGCACGCUGCGAGAAGUGCCAACGUCAUGGCCCGAUGAACAAUCUUCCCACCGAGCUCUUGAUGACUUCGACCGCUCCAUUGUCUUUCAUGCGCUGGGCAAUGGACAUCAUCGGUCCUAUUUGCCGAUCUACGACUCAGAAGCAAUAUGUUCUGGUCGUCACGGAUUACUUCACCAAAUGGGUCGAAGCCGAAGCAUACCCUGAGAUUCAUGGAAUCGAUGUCAAGAAGUUUGUCUGGAAGUUCAUAAUCUGCCAACACGGAGUCCCGUACGAGAUCGUUACGGACAACGGAACCCAAUUCACUUCGAUCAUAUUCACAGAUUUUUGCGCCAAGUGAGAAAUCCGACUAAGUUUCUCUACCCCGCGAUACCCGCAAGGAAACGGACAAGCCGAAGCCACAAACAAGACCAUUAUUGAUGGAUUGAAGAAACGACUCGAUACCGCUAAGGGAACUUGGGCGGACGAACUUGAUGGCGUCUUGUGGUCUCACCGAACUACACCACGACGUUCGACCGGUCAGUCACCAUUCUUCCUUGCAUUUGGCACAGAAGCUAUGUGUCCAGCCGAACUUAACGUCCCAAGUAUUCGCCGAACUAAACUUACCCAGCAACCCGACGCGAAUAACGACAUGAUGAUUGACGCACUCGACUUAGUCGAAGAACAUCGCGAACGAGCAUUGCUCCGGAUACAGAACUACCAGUAACUAGCAGCUCGCUACUACAACAAAAAGGUUAAAGGCCUUCACUUUGAAGAUGGCGAUCUCGUACUUCGCAAAGUUUAUCAAAACACAGAAGAGAAGAACGCAGGAAAACUUGGUGCAAACUGGGAAGGACCAUACCAAGUAAUGAAGGUUGCUAAGCCCGGCGUUUAUCAACUCAUGAAGUUAGAUGGAACUCCAAUCCCACGAUCUUGGAACUCAAUGCAUCUCAAACGAUACUACUACUAGUUCGUUACGAGCUUCACAAAAAAAAAAAGCCUUCGGACUACUUAGUCGGAGCAAAAAACACU